UCUUCUCCUACUGCAGCUGAUAGCGCACGAGAAUGUGGCAGCUGGUUGGCUGGUUCAAAGCUGAGGGGACGGUUUGGAGGCCGCGGCGGUAGUCGUGAGGUGCUCGUAAGCCGAAAAAGAAGAUGUCAAAGAGGCGGCGGCUGAACGCCGAGGGCUUCAUUAUGGAUGAGAUAGUAGCUGAAUACAUUAGAAGAACUGUGCUGCGAAUCCCACGUUCUGAAAUGGGGAAAAUGCUGACCACCUGGGGGUUUCUGUCUGAAACUCAGCUGCAGUCUUUAAACAUCCAUCAGCUAAAGGAAAACGUAUCCCAAGAAGUAGUUAAACUAUGUGAGGAAAACCAUGCAACUAUUCAGCAUGCAGCAGAUCUAGACAUAAUUUACAACCACACAUAUCGGGACAAAAAGCUUUGGACUGUUUAUCAAAUGACAAGAGAAGAAGGUGAUGAAUAUGACAUUUUUGACUUGGUAGAGUUUAAAAAGAAAUUUAAAAGAAGUCUUCAGUCAGCUUUGAAAAAUGUAACUAUCAGCUUUAAAGAGUUUGAAGACAAUGUAAUUUGGAUUCGCAUUGCAUGGGGAACACAGUAUACAAAGCCCAAUCAAUACAAGCCAUCCUAUGUAGCUUACAUUUCACAGGCUCCUUAUGUCUUCAUAUCCAACUCUAGAUAUAGGAACUGCAUACCGUUACUUUUGCAGGCCCUGCUGAUUGCUGCCAGUUACAAUGACAUCCAUGAAAUGGACCUCCGAAGCCAUUGUUUAGACUCCCUUAAAGAUAUUUUACUUAAGCGAUAUAGCCAGAAAUUUCAAACUCAUCACCCACAACCUCUACAGGAACGAAAUUGCAUUCUGCAAAGAGUGGAUCCAAAUAUAGUUAAGGAAGAUAAACUUAAAAAUGAAAGAAUUGAAAGAAUUAAUGAGGAAGUCUUUGGUGAUGGUCCUCAGCCAAAACUAGAGUUUGCACAAUACAAGCUUGAGACUAUGUUCAGAAAUGAACAAGAAAAUGGUAUCUUGAAAAAUAAAGAGGGAUUUAGAUGUUUGGUGAAGUUUUCUAGUCCUCAUCUUUUAGAGUCACUGAAAUCCCUAGCACCUGCCGGGCUGGCAGAUGUUCCCCCUUCACCAUUACUUACUUGCAUCACCCAAAAAGCCAGGAACUAUUUUAGAAUUAAUGAUAGAAAAAGUGCACUAUCACAAACCCUUGCAAGCUAAUGGCAUUUUUAGACAAAGGAGUGGAUUACUUAUUUCUCUUCAGCAAAAGAAAACAACAUGGAAUCUAUUCCCAUAAACUUCUUACAAUUCAGUUGGUCAGAUUACAAUAUGACAUCUUAGCAGGCUUUAGCCUGCUAGCUGGUGUGACCUGUUGACCAGAGUCUGUGUGUACUUGCAGGACAAUGAGUAGGUGGACUUCUUUAGCAAAUAAAUGAAGUUAGAUGUAAUAUUGAAGUGCUUGAUUGUUUAAGCAAAUGAAACUUUUACUUAUUUUUUAACUUUUCAGGCAACCUUUUAAAAUUCUUAUUGAUAUGGUAUUAAAAUUAUAUUAAACAUGGUGCUUAUAAUAUUAGUUUUUAAAAUAGCUGUGUGAUUAAAUACAUGAAAGCUUAUAACUGCUUGUGUCCGUUUUUUCACAGGAGUAAAUAAAGCUAUUGCAUUUUACUGCCACUUCCCAUUUAAUACAGUAGUGUGCUUAUCGAAAAACUGGAAUUAGUGAUGCAUUUCCUUGUUCUAUUGUCCAGUAGCUCACACAUUCUUGCUGUUUUACCCCCAAAUGUAGUCAUCAGUAGUGAUAGUGAUAUGAUGCAUACAAAACUUGUGUACAGUAUAAUGAUUCCCUGAUUCAAAGCACUGCAAAAUCUGAGCCUGUAACUGGCCCCAUUCUACUGGUAGUAUCUCUUUUAUAUCAAGUAUGUGUGCCUCUGUUGAAUUAGAAUCAGAUUUCCAAAGAAGGCUGAGAGCAUAUUUUAGAGCAGGGGUCCCCAGACUACGGCCCGGGGGCCGGAUGCGGCCCAAUUGGCCUGCCA